AUGGGAGUCAUGGAUAGCGAAGCAGGCACGGGUGAAGUGACCAUCGGUGUGGGCGUCAGUGAGGUGGGCGUCAGUGAGGUGGGCGUCAGUGAGGUGGGCGUCGGUGUGGCGGGCGUUGGUAACCCGGGCAUUGAUGCAGAUUCGAAGGCCUGUCAAGGAGACGACCGCCACCACGUUGCCCACCUCGCGUUCGUAUGGCGCUACAGGUUGCCAUGCUGCCACGUGAUCGCAUGCCACGCACACCACGACCACCACGGCCACCACGUCCACCACGGCCACCACGACCACUACUAG